AUGUCAUUAUCUCAUACGAAUCGUUCAUUUCGUAAUCGAAUACGUUGUUUAAUAAGUCGUCAAUCAGGAAUUCCUAUUGAAAAAUUAUCAUUGUAUGCAUGUUUAUACCAUAUCCGUCCGUAUUGCUCAUCAUCGACAUCUACACUUAUUAAUGAAAUAUGCCUUCGACGUUUGCUUAAAUCAAAUUAUUCAUGUGAAUUUCAAGAGUCUCAACAAACAUCAGAACAUAAACUAUUACCGAACAAAUCAACGUUUAUUCUUGGUCACUAUAUGAUAACAUUACACUUAAAUAAUCUUCGUUUAUAUAUCAUCGAUAAAAAUAAUUUAAUUUUUAUUGCUGAAGAUUUAUUUCCAGUUAAAAUUGUGUUUAUUGGUAUAUGUACAUACGCGAAUUUUCAAAAUCGAAAUUGUGCAAAACAAGAUGGUUUUAUAUUGAUGACGGCUGAUCACCGUUUAUUUCUGUAUGAUUUUAAAUUAAAAUUACGUAUGCCAUCCAAUGGUAUUAGUUUUCAAUGUGAAAUACCAGUUAAAUUUCUUGAAAAAUCAUUUGAAUACCAUGAAGCAUAUCAUAUGAUAUCAAUACAUACACGUUAUAAACAACGAUCACAUUUAUUUAUUUUAUUAAGAAUAUGGCCACGUUGGCUUAGCUAUGUUUUUCUAAUUGAACCUCAGAUUUUUGGCAGCGACCUUAAACAAGCGGCUAUAACUCACGAAUUUCUUAUUGUACAAAAUCAAAGGAAUAGAUGUAAUCUCUAUUCUCUCCAUAGUAUUCUUGAUGAAUAUACAGUAAAAUCACAUUCAAUUCAUGAACAUCCCGAUGACUCAUUACCGAUCAAUGUUAUAAUUACAUCUUGUCCAACAGUUCUCUAUACAUUCAAUGGUGAACGUCCACUAUUUGACUAUGCAUUUUGUAGUACACAACAUUAUCUUACAUGUAUCAAUGAAGAUUAUUUUGUUUUUGAUUUAAAUAAUGAUUCAUCGCCGAUAUCAAAUGGCCAUUUAAAACGAUCAUGGACAGAUAAUUUAUCACCGAAUAGUCAAGUCUAUUUUAUUGAUACAAAAAAUAAUCGUGAUUGCAUAAUUGAUAUUCGAGAAUCGACGGUCUACGUUUGGCAAUUAGUGCCUGAUGAAUCCACAUCUAUUAAACACUUGUAUACAGUUGAUGAUGGCACAGCUGCAAUUCCAACAGCAAGUGACCGACAAAUGACUCGUUAUGGACGACAAACAAAACCUCAAAAAGUUCUCGAUUUAUCAUCAGCAAUUCUAACUGAUCAUUGUUUUGAUCGUUAUAACAAUUUAUUAACGUUACUUUUUGAAUCGGAAUCAUCGAAUACAGCGAUUAUACGUGUCAUUGAACAUCCAAUAGGUAUUUGUCGUCAAGAUAUUCAUUUUACAAAAUAUAAUAAACAUAAUCAAUUGAAAAUUAUGCAUGAACACGAUAAAUUAAUUGUUCAAGAACUUAGCUGUCAUACAGUUAUACUUCGUUUAUUUACAUUAGAACGUUCAAGAUAA